UUCUCACACUACUCUUUGCAAAUAAAGAGAUAGGAGGAUCUGAAGGUGAAUGCAGGCUUACGUACGGUUUCAACGAAGAGUAGAUUCGAUCGCUUGCUAGAUUAGACCUAGUUUGGGGUAUCUAUUAUUAUAGGCAGGCUGUAAAUUUUGUAAGAAACUAAAGAUUUGGAUAGAUAAUGGGUAUGGACAUAGCUGAUAUUAAGGAGAAUACGAGCCCGCUUUUCUGCAAUUGCUUUAAAGUUGCAAGCCUUACUGAUGAAGAAACCAUUCUAAACCCUCCUGUAAACGUUUCCAACUUAAAAGAUCGAUAUGCGCUUGGGGAACAGUUAGGUUGCGGUCAGUUUGGUGUCGUAAGAGUAUGUUCUGAUAAGUUAACUGGAGAGAGGCUUGCUUGCAAGUCCAUAUCUAAAGACAGCCUUGUUACACAAGACGACAUGAAUAGUCUCAAACUCGAGAUUUCUAUAAUGGCCAAGUUAGCUGGGCGGCACCCCAACGUUGUGAAUCUCAUAGCGGUUUACGAGGGGGAAGAUUCCGUGCAUCUUGUGAUGGAACUAUGCGCAGGCGGUGAGCUUUUUGACAGGCUCGAGAAAUAUGGAAGGUAUUCCGAGUUCCGUGCUAGGUUGCUCUUCAAGCAAUUGAUGCAAGUGGUCAAGUUCUGUCAUGAUAGCGGUGUUGUCCACAGAGAUUUGAAACCUGAGAACAUUCUUAUGGCCACAAUGUCUUCUUCAUCUCCUAUCAAAUUGGCUGAUUUUGGUCUGGCAACCUUUAUAAAGCCUGGGGAAAAGUUGGGCGGCACAGUUGGCAGUCCUUUUUACGUAGCCCCAGAAGUGUUGUCAGGGGGAUAUUAUAACCAAGCUGCUGAUGUAUGGAGUGCAGGCGUUAUUUUGUACAUUCUUCUCAGUGGAGUACCUCCCUUUUGGGGAGAGACUGACUCAAAGAUUUUUGAUGCUGUCAGCACUGCGUUGAGUUUUUCUGAAGAGCCAUGGGACCAUAUAACUUCAUACGCCAAGGAUUUGAUCCGGGGGAUGCUUUGUCUUGAUCCUUCUCAAAGGUUAACAGCUGAUGAUGUUCUAGCUCACUCGUGGUGGAUGGAGCAAUUAUCUGAAUCAGGAUAUGAUGAUCAGGAUGGGUUUGGCUGUGAAGGAUUGGAGAAUGGUGGUGGAUGCUCUUUUGAUGGGAAACAACCGGAAUCAACCUCAGCUGCCUUCUCAUCAACUGAAGUUCCCUCCAUGCCAAGCUUUACCUUUUUUAGCCCAGGCCCAGCGAACAGUGACAUCACUGAAACAGAUGGAAAACUUCGAGACUCAAGCCCAAAGAGGUCACCAGAUUCUUCUUCACAACUUGAGAGGCGUGAGGAAGCAGGGGUGAAUCAGACGGAAGCAGCGGGAAAGUCAGUAAAAAGAAGGAAAAGAGGAAACUGCUCAAGAAUGUCAGGACUGCACAGAAAAAGGAACCGGACCACUGGACUAGGAGAGCUAGAUCAGUUGGUGGUGUUUGUUGCUGUCACAGAGUGA